AUGUUCAUUAAAUUAAUUCAAAUUCUAUCAAUAGAUAAAACUCAUUCAGCUAGUAUCAAUGAUCGAGAUUCCAAUGAAUUAGUUGGAACAGAAUCUGAAAUGAACGACGAAAAUCAUUCAACAGAAAAUAUUGUACCACAUCAAGGUCAUCCAUGGUUUGGCAAACGUCGUUUAGAUUCAGCUGAAAAAUAUUUUGAUUGGGCUGGUAAAACUAAUCGUCCAAUGGAAUAUUUACGAGGCAAACGUUUUUGGAUUUUUACAAAAAAAGUUGAAAAUAAUUUUAAUCAUGAAGCAAUGCGUGAUGCAAACUCCUCACCAAACAAAGGUAUAUGGCGAUCAGGCAUUGUUGGACGUCGACGUCGUUAA